UUGUUUCUGUAAAUGAUGACACUGAUGAUGAUAACCCAGAAGUGAUAAAGAGGAUCUUCACACUGUUUUUAGGUCAGCAGUGGCUUGUUGUGUAAAGUUUCUUAACAUUUAGUCACUGUGGCUUUUUGACUUAUUUUCCUCCCUUGUAGAAGAAAGCAGUCUGUUCUCCUUCACCUCCUCUGGCUCAACAACCCUUCUUCUCUUCUCUCGUCCUUUGUUCUCCUAAAUCCCUCUUUUAUUCUGGAUGACAGGUGAGUCCCUGACCUGUUACACCUGCAAAAUGGGGUUCAAAGGUAAAUGUCUGUUCACCUCCACCGAAACCUGCAGCAACUCCAAGCCCAACUGCUACUGGGGAAGUCUGGCCUUCAACGUCAGUAGACUGAUGAGCCUGCAGACUCGAGGCUGCCUGGCCUCGUCCCUCUGCAACCAAACUGAAACUGGCACCCUGCUGACCGCUGGAUACAGCAUCACCAGGACCUGCUGCAGCACCAACCUCUGUAACGGAGCCACAUCCACCCAGCUCCCGCUCACUGCGUCUGGGUGCUGCCCUAAUGGCUGUUUGGAGCAACUGGAGCUUUUAAAAACAACAACAAAGAGCCCAUUCAUGAGCAGGUGUUGUUUUUGUAUGUAAGCAUUCAAGAGUUACAAACAGGUUUGUUUUCUUAGCCAAACUAAGUGAAUCCUGCACAUUCUUGUAUAUCAUGAUACAUCUGUUGUUGUAGCCUCUAUGCCUGGAAAUGUGGCUUUUUGAGAGAAUAUAGACACAGAUGCUGUAGACACAGCAAAAAGGGAAAUAAAUAAAUAAUACAUUGAGCAAUCCAUAAAUCAGUUGAACAAAUAAUAUAAGCUAUACAUGCUGAU